ACAUUCUUUCCUCUGAAUCAGCAAAAAAAAGUUCAACACUUUUCUCUGUAUGAACUUUUUCUGUUCUCCAUUUUUUUUUCCCCCAAAUCGAAUUCUGGGUCAUUGAAAUUUUAGCGUUUUAGCUCAACUCAGCAACUAUGCUCAAGACCAUGGCACCUUCAGCUUUACCCAGAAACGGGUUCAAGCAAAACCACAAGCCUGAAUCCAACAUAGCCACCAUAGAUGUGGGUGGGCAGCUUUUCCAGACCACCAAGCAAACCCUAACCCUAGCCGGCCCGGACUCUCUUCUCUCCAAAAUUUCCGACUCGGCCUCAGCUCACCUCCCUCCUCCGUUCGUCGACCGAGACCCUGAGCUCUUCUCCAUGCUCCUCUCGCUUCUCAGAACCGGAAAUCUGCCAUCAAAGGCCAAAUCUUUGGACCUCCAAGACCUAAUUUUCGAGUCCCAAUUCUACGGAAUCGAAACCCUUUUGAUCAAUUCGCUCUCCAACCCAUCUCACUUCGACGCGUUUAACCUAGAAAAGUCUCUGACUUUGCCCCUCAACGGCCGAGACUCGCCGUCCGUCAUCGCCACGACGCCGUUCGGCUCCGUCCACGUGGCCCACGGCAGCAAAAUCACCUCUUUUGAUUGGUCGCUGAGGAAAAAGUCGACGAUUUUGACCGAGUUCACCGCCGUGGAUUCGAUGCUGGCGAUCUCGACGAAGCUGGCCGCAGUGGGGGCCACAGACUUCUCGGGGCUCCAGAUUAUCGAUCUCGAAAACGGGUCUGUGAGGGAGACUCUGAAUUGGGAGAAUGUGACCCGGUCCGGCUCCACAGUCCAAGCAAUUGGGUCGUCACAGGAGUUUCUGUUUUCGAGUUUCGAAUCCGGUAGGCGAAACUCGAAUUCGAUUAUGAUUUAUGAUUUGAACACAUUGACCCCGGUUAAUGAGAUUGGGCAUUAUGAGAUUUUUGGUGCUGAGAUCAAUUCAGCAUUGCCGGCCACGAAAUUGAAAUGGGUGCCGGGUUACAAUCUGUUGAUGGCUUCCGGGUCUCACAGGGGACCUUCUGGAGUGUGUGGUAAUAUUAAGUUUUGGGAUACAAGGUCUGGGAAUGUGGUUUGGGAAAUACAGGAGAAAGUUGAUUGCUUUUCGGAUGUAACUGUUUCGGAUGACUUGUCAGCAAUGUUCAAGAUUGGUGUGAAUUCCGGGGAGAUGUUCUAUGCGGAUUUGAGAAGUUUGGGAGUGGAGCAGCCUUGGGUUUGUCUCGGUGAUAAGAGGAAAAUGGUGAGUGGUAAGAAGGAAGGUGUUGGGUGCAGGAUUGAAAGCCAUGGAAGCCAAGUUUUUUGUAGCAAGGGUGGGGAUUUGGAGCUGUGGUCAGAGGUAGCGGUAGGCUCUAAGAAGAGGAGUGAAGGCGGGUCAGAAGCUAGGCACUUUAGGAAGAAUGUGAUGGGGAGAAUGAAGGAUAUGGGAGGUUCCAGGAUAACCAACUUGACUUUUGGAGGGAACAAGAUGUUCAUGACCAGGAAGGACCAGCAAUAUGUUGAGGUUUGGCAGAAUUCUGCUAGAGGAUAUUGAUCCCAAAAGGGUUAGUGCUAUUGCUAGAUGGGAAUGAUAUUAUUGAUAUGGUUGAGAAAAUCAGUGAACUUUUUUGUAAUAUAACGUGUUAGCUAGCUUGAUUUGUUUGUAAAUCAUGUUGUAGCUUAGCAAGUCAUCAUUCUUUUGUCUUCUUAUAUCAAGUUAUCAAUUGUUUAUAAAUGAUUUAUUGUACAAAUUCAAUGACAUACAGUUGUAUCAUGUGUUCUGUUUGUAUUAUUAUGAUUGCACCCUGAGGCAUUUGACAUGCU